AUGCUCCAGUGGGCGUCUCGCUGUCUUCCUGGAUUCAGCAUCAUUGCUUUGGUAUUCCUGCUGGUCUUUACAUCUAAUUUGAUACCCUUCUCGCCAUGGAAUUCAAUUUGGCCUCCUGCCAAGGGACCUCCCUCGACGGGGGAUAAUUCAGUUCUCAACGUUGCACAGAAGAUCUUCAUGGUUUACACGGUCCUCGUCCACACUAACAUGCUUUGGUUCGCUGCUCGUCUGUCUUGGUCUCUCUGGUAUGUCACCAAGCAGACCAAACAGGUCCUGAGCAGACGUUGGAAAGCGAACGAGAACGACUACGUCGAUGACCCUCCUCCGUCUCCUUCCCGCAAACUCCCUGAUCCGUCCAUUUUUAAAUUCAAUAAUCCCGCGGUUUACGAGGUGGAUGACCAAGAGGUGAUACAUGCUAUUAUACUGCCCAACUACGGGGAGGAUAUCCAUACACUUAUUACUACGUUAAACGUGCUUGCUAGUCAUCCACGAGCUCGUUCGCAGUAUGAGAUCUAUCUCGCAAUGGAGCAGAAAGAAACCGACGCCGCGGAGAAAGCUCAGAAACUCAUCUCGAAGUUCGAAAAGUCUUUCCUCCACGUUCGAAGCACUUUCCACCCGGCAGGGUUACAAGGAGAGAUUGCAGGCAAAAGCUCGAAUGUCGCCUUUGCAGCUCGUCAGAUCGUCCAUGUCCACCGUACAGAGCUUAGUACCGGCUCUUGUAAUGUAAUAGUCACAGUGAUGGACGCCGACACGCAUCUAUGGUUGGACUACUUUACCGAAAUCCGUCGCCUCCAUUACGCCCACCUCACAGACGACGCAGACCGCACGCUCUACUCUUGUCCGAUUAUCUUCGACCGCAAUUCUCACGAGAGCCCUAUACUCGUCCGUUGUGCAGACCUCCUCUGGGGCUUUGCUGGUCUCUCGACCAUGUACCCAGGUACAACCAUCUCAAUUCCAACCUCCGUGUACUCGCUACCCCUGUCUUUGGCCGAGAAGGUGGGUGGUUGGGACAGCGACCCAACGGCUAUCGGCGAGGAUAUGCACAUGAUGCUCAAAUGCUAUUUCGAGACUGCUGGCAACCUGCUUACGCGCGUGGUCUACGUCCCUGCUAGCCAGUGUAACGUGUCCGGUGACACGGCCAGCGAUCGAAAGAUACCCAGGUACCGUCGAACCCUCGACACUUGCCACGCCCGGUAUCGUCAAGCCCUAAGACAUAUGUGGGGAGCACUGGACUCUGGCUUUGCGGCCCGUCGCACCUUGACCUACCUCCGUUUGCACAGCAGAUGUCUCUUUCUCCGUCCCAGACACCUGGCUCUCCUCCAUCUACUCUGGGAAGCACACUUCCUUCCUGUGCAUCUGAUGAUCCUCAUGGUUUUCUCGGCCGUUUACGAGUUGACUUCUUCGUCACUGCACCCCACCAUGGCGCUUGCGCUGUCUGUCACUAACAUUCUUCGCACGACCUCAUUUAUCUGGAUGAAUCUGUGUCUCGCUUUACACGAACGCUGGUACAAUAUCUGCCUCCGCACGAGGAAGGGAGACAUGCUGCAAGCCAAUGUGAAUGACACAGGCUUUUCUAUGCGCGUUUGGUGGUACCUGCCGUUCCUCCUGGAGAGAAUCUGUUUUCCCAUUGCCGGAACGAUAUUCGGUGCUGUUCCGACGUUGCAUGCGGUCUUUUCGCAUUUCUGGACGGAUCGCUUGGUGUAUAGGGUUAGUAAGAAGCCGGACUUUGCGUCUCUGGUUUGA